CACUAGGCAUCGAUUAGGAUUUGACUCGAAAACAAAAAAAUUCCUCGGACGCGGAGAAUUAAUUGAUGGGUUAAAACGUAUUAAAAACAAUCUGUUACGUUGCAACUGGCGAGUAGAUUGUGGAACAGGAAGAGAAAAAAAUUCACGUCAAAAGACGGAGGGAUGGCGGUGUCGUGAAGAGGGUGAUAAGAGAGGAAAAGGAUAUUCCUUAGUUUUUAUUGGGAAUGGGGCCCUUGGGAAAGGGCGGCAUGGCUGGCGAAACGACGAAUUCUGCAACGUAAAAAUCCAGGGUUAAUGUGAUCGACACAGUCCAAAAUUUGUAUUCAAUCGAGUAGGAAUCUUUCCCUUUCUCAUUUGCCUCUUUGAAAUUGAGUUGAAUUGUAUUCUAUGCCGAUGUUUAUGUGGCUAAUCGGAUUAUGCCGGUGUUCACAUAGAUAAAAAUAAUUAGGGUUACUGGUAGUCUGUGGAAGUCUCCCUCUAAUAUAUCUGCAAAUUAAUUCUAUGGGCGAGGCAUCCGCAAGGUGUAUAUGAAAAAAAAAUAUAUUAAUGAAAAUAUCGUAUGUUGGUUAGGCUAUUUGCAAUCAAAUUAUCCAUUCGGAGGAGGCUUUGAAGGAGUUUCUCAUUAAUAACGGGUCAAAUUAAUUUUAGACAUUCUGUUUGAAAUUAUGAGAUCUAAGUUUUGUGUCGUUUUUGGCUGUAAAAUGCUUUGAGAUCGAUCUGUUGUAGAAAGAGUGAGAUUUUCUUGCCUUUUUUCUUUGGAUCCUGUUUUUGGAAAAUUAUUUCAGAUCAGGCUGUUUUAGAGUAGUUACGGCAAAAGGCUUAUGUUAUGAAGCCGCAUUAGACGGCAGCAGGAAGAGGGACCGCCUUGAUUUUGGUUUUGAAGGAUUUGUGAUGGCUUUGAAGAGUAUAAUUCAGGGAGGGCUUGGUAGCUUUUCCAAGAGAAGCUUUGAAGCCAGGGUUCUCCGGGGGCGAUCUCAGAACAGUGUAAGGGAUGAAAUUCAGAGCGUGACGGCAGAGAAGGAGGAGGAGGAACACGACAGAUGGUCUAAUAUGUUGCCGGAAUUGCUGACAGAAAUGAUUCAGAGAGUGGAGGCCAGUGAGGGGGUGUGGCCUGGCCGGAAAAAUGUGGUUGCCUGCGCUGCUGUCUGUAAGAGCUGGAGAGAGAUUACAAAGGAGAUUGUAAAAGGGCCUGACCAGUGUGGAAAAUUGACUUUUCCGGCAUCUCUUAAGCAGCCUGGUCCACGUGACCCCGCAAUGCAGUGCUUUAUCAAAAGGGAGAAAGAAACAUCAACAUAUUACUUAUAUCUUGGGUUUACACCAAUUGAAUCUGCAGCCAUAAUGGAUAAAGGGAAGUUUCUUUUGGCUGCAAGGAGGUUUAGACAUGCUACUAGCGUUGAAUACAUAAUCUCUCUUGAUGCUGAAGAUCUGUCCCAAGGAAGUAAUGCGUAUGUAGGGAAACUGAGUUCUGAUUUCCUGGGGACCAAAUUUACCAUCUAUGAUAGUCAGCCCCCACACAAUGGUGCAAAAAUCUCAAAUAAUCGAGCUAGCCGGCGGAUGGCAUCAAAACAAGUCUCUCCUCGACUUCCUGCGGGAAGUUACAAUGCUGGGCAGGUAGCAUACAAGUUUAAUCUUCUGGGCUCAAGGGGUCCCAGACGGAUGCAUUGCACACUCCAAUCUGUACCGUUCUUAACUUUGGAGCAUGGAGAGAAAUCCUCAACUUGUAAAGAAUCCACAAACUCUAUAACUGAUAAACCAAUGACUCUAUCAAAUGCAGACGGAUCUAGUAGUGUUUCAGAAUCCUGCGACAGUCCCGUUCAAAAAAGUGGGCCAAUGAUAUUGAAGAACAAGGCUCCAAGAUGGCAUGAACAACUGCAGUGUUGGUGCUUGAAUUUCCAUGGACGUGUAACUGUGGCUUCUGUAAAGAAUUUUCAGUUAGUAGCUGCAAUGGAUCCCAGCCGACCAGGAACACAAGCUGAUCAAGAUGUGGUUCUCCUUCAGUUUGGCAAGGUUGGGAAGGACAUGUUUACAAUGGACUACAGACAGCCUCUCUCAGCGUUUCAGGCAUUUGCAAUAUGCUUGACCAGCUUUGGUACUAAAAUUGCCUGUGAAUGAGCUGUAUUUGGAACACAACUUCUAAAGGAGAGAAAAAUGCAGCCAUUGAUAAAAAUGGUUGUGGUUACUUAUGCAGAUGUCUGACGUGUGUGCUUUUAGUGAAUGGUGUAAGUGAGCUUGUCCUUUAGAAGUUCUGCUACAGGAAUGCAAUUGUUAAUGUUUUUUCCUUGGCAAAUCUGUUUGUGAAAAAGAAGUUCUAUGUGUAUUUGCCACGUAAACUGUAAUAUUAUCAUGUUGUGCAUCAAUGGUUAUUUUUGUGUACUGUCUGGAGACCUCAUCUUCACCAUAUACCGGAGUUUGACAUUCUUCUAGACCUCAUAUUGACAAUAUGGAUGACACUGAUCUUCAGCUGAUGACUGGCAUUGAAGUGGUUUAUCCUUUAGGCUUAAACAUGUUACCAAAAAGGUGACUCUUUGUUCAUUUAUUAGCUGCACGAAAAGGUAAAACGCAUAUGAGAAGCACCAUCGUCUUUACAAGAGAAGCAUUGGAUAGCUUAUGGUUUAUACAUUCUGCAGACUAAAAGUUUUCGAAGUAUGCCAUGCUCAAAGAAUGGCUGUAUAUUUCUCGAAAAUGUUUUCUUCUACCUUAAUCAACAGACGAUGAGAAACAGUUGUUUAAGUCA